UUAAAGUUUUAAUCAUAAAUCUUGGUCACAAAAUCACAAAUCAGGAAAGAAGAAGCUGUUGAGGACAUGACAGGUUUGUAGGCCACUUUUGUUUUUAAGAAGACAAUCAGGAAGAGGGCGUUCACUGACAGCUCGGAGCCAAUAAAAAGAACCAACGUGCUGCGUAAAGGCGCAAAGGUGAGUCCGCAGCAGGUGAACAAGGUGUGACAGGGUGACACCAUCAAGUUAUAGAAAAAAUAAAAGUCAGGAACUGCCACUGCGCUUCUCACGCGCAGGUUUUAUUCUAAGAACAGCUUGUGCGCAGGAUGAAGGUCCAGUUAGUGUUACCUCUGACCCUCUUCACCUCAAUCGUCUUAUUGGGUUUUGUAAAAAUACGGAAAAAGGAGCACGACAAACAGGACAAACAGAAACGCUUCCAGGACAUCAAGCUGCGGGUGACCACCGAUGUGCUGCAGGAGUACCUGAACGAGAGGGCGGAGAAGGAGAACGCGCUGGAGAAGACCAAGGACAAUCUGAAGAAGAUGAGUGAGGAAGUGGAGGUCCUCCAGACCAAAGCGCAGAAGACACAAGCGGAUCUGGAGCACUGUCAUGGCGAACAGAAAAUGGAGGCGGAUCAGCUCGCAAACUCGGACACAAACGUGAACAACAUCAAAGGUGAAUCUGAGAAGGAGAUGAGCCAGCUGAAGACCGAAAUGGAUGAACUGAAAAAGCAGCUGGAUGAAAAAAGUGCAGUGUGUAACUUUUUGAAAGAAAAACCAGAACCAAUAAAGCAAAUGUGUGGCAUUAAAGAAGAAGAAAAGCCCAAAGAAGCUCCCAAACAGGAAGAGAAGAAGGAAGAAGCUCCCAAACAGGAAGAGAAGAAGGAAGAAGCUCCCAAACAGGAAGAGAAGAAGGAAGAAGCUCCCAAACAGGAAGAGAAGAAGGAAGAAGCUCCCAAACAGGAAGAGAAGAAGGAAGAAGCUCCAAAACAGGAAGAGAAGAAGGAAGAAGCUCCAAAACAGGAAGAGAAGAAGGAAGAAGCUCCCAAACAGGAAGAGAAGAAGGAAGAAGCUCCCAAACAGGAAGAGAAGAAGGAAGAAGCUCCCAAACAGGAAGAGAAGAAGGAAGAAGCUCCAAAACAGGAAGAGAAGAAGGAAGAAGCUCCUAAAUAGGAAGAGCUACAGCAGGGACCCUGGGCACUGCAUCCUGUUGUGAACUUCACCCCUGUGUGAAGGUGUGUUCUGAUGGACGCGAGGCGUUCAUAUUUCAUGGAGAAAGAUUGAGUCUGGUUCUGCAAGCAACCACAGUAAACUGGUUACUGCUUACAGGUGACUGCAACUUUAUCACAAGAAGCCUAUUUUCAGGCAUGGACGUAAUUUUCAC